UUCAGUUUCCCGAACGCGAGCGGAAGUGUGUGCUUGUGGCUGAGGCCUCUGCCGGAGCAGCCUCCCCGGCAUCGCCGCGUUCUGGGGGCGGAGCCGCUGAGCACCGCUUCAAAAGGCGCGGGCAGCCGAUUUGAGUCCGAGGAAGGAUGGUCACCGAGGAAGGAAAACAUUGGCGCGAUGCACGCAGGCCGCCGCUGCUCUUCGUUGUCUUUCCGAGUUGGUUUUGUUUGUUUUUAUAUAACACAGCUGCAGUGACUCCACACCGAGUAUCCUGCAACCCAGUUGGACCCUCAUUUGGAUCCUCUUCCUGCUGGCAAUCCCCUGAUGAAGAUCGAAGUCGUUGAAGUCCUCACACUGAACCAAGAGGUAGCCCGUCCCCGAAACGCCCAGAUACGGGCCCUCUAUGCUGAAGAUGAGGGCCUGAGCCUAGAUGUGCCUGGGGAGCCCACUCAGCAGCUAGGCAAGCAUCCAGGUGACCCUGAGGCUGCACGCCAGAGGUUCCGGGGCUUUUCCUUCGAGAAGGUGGCAGGGCCCAGAGAGGCCCUAGCCCGGCUGCGGGAGCUGUGCCGCCAGUGGUUGCAGCCAGAGGCGCACUCCAAGGAACAGAUGCUGGAGCUCCUGGUGCUAGAGCAGUUCCUAGGCGCACUGCCCAGGAAGCUCCGGAUGUGGGUGGAGUCGCAGCACCCAGUGGACUGCCAGGAGACAGUGGCCCUGGUGGAGGAUGUAACCUGGAUAUCUGAGGAGGAAGCAUCACCCUCCCAGGGCCCCACCAGCUCUCUCCAGACCACAACUCCUCAGGAAGAGAAGGAAGAGAACAUGACCACCUGGCCAGUGAAGGCACUGCCUGAGGAACCAGUGACCUUCCUGGAUGUGGCUGUGGACUUCAGCAAGGAAGAAUGGGGGCUACUGGACCCCAUGCAGAGAACUGAGUACCAUGACGUGAUGCUGGAAACCUUUGGACACCUGGUCUCCGUGGGGUGGGAGACUACACUGGAAAGUAAAGAGUUAACUCCAAAGUCUGAUGUUCCUGAGAAGGAACCAGCCCAUGACCUGAAAUUGGAAAAAUUCUCAAGGAAUGACACCAGGUCCCCUACCUCAAGAGAUGUCUUACAGGGUGAGGCCCCGGAAGUCUUGGACACAGCACAGAGGCAGGUGGGGCCAACUCAGGAAGAAACCCUCCCUCAGAAAAGUCCCCAAUCCCAGGCAAACACUGGCCUUGUCACAAGCCAUAUUUCACUCCAGAAAACUCUCCCUAGGAAACGCUUGCGCAAGCGUGGCUCACGGGUUAAGAAGGUGACACGUGGUCCAUGUGUAAAAAUUCAUCAGAAGGGCCACAAAGGAGAAAAAGCCAGGGAAAAUACUAGUUGUGGGAGAGCCUUCAGCCGGAGCACUCAGCAGAUUACAUUCACAAGAAUCCACAAAGGGAGCCAAGUUUGCCGAUGCAGUGAGUGUGGCAAAACUUUCCGGAACCCAAGAUACUUCUCUGUACAUAAAAAAAUCCACACAGGAGAGAAGCCUUACGUGUGUCAGGACUGUGGGAAAGCAUUUGUUCAGAGCUCCUCCCUCACACAGCAUCAGAGAGUACACACUGGAGAGAGACCAUUUGAGUGUCAUGAGUGCGGGCGGACCUUCAAUGACCGCUCGGCCAUCUCCCAGCACCUGCGGACUCACACUGGAGCCAAGCCCUACCAGUGUCAGGACUGCGGGAAAGCCUUCCGCCAGAGUUCCCAUCUUAUUAGGCACCAGAGAACGCACACUGGGGAGCGCCCCUACAUGUGCAACAAAUGUGGAAAGGCCUUCACGCAGAGCUCCCACCUCAUUGGGCAUCAGAAGACACACGGUGGGGUGAAAUACAAGAAGAAACAACCUACCUCAUAGCCCUCCAGCUGAGCCGGUUGAAGAACAUUGCCUUUUCAGCCUUAUCCUGCAAACUGCAAAGUAACCUGAAUGGGCCUGGUUGGCAUUCAGAACUGAAUGUGAAAAGCAGCAUUGAGUGAUGAUGUUCUGAAGACCAAAGGACAACCAGGGAUAACACCCUGCACAUGAGGAAAUAAAACUGCUGGGGGGUUGUUGCUAAUGAACAUAAGUUGGAAAAAUAUUUAAUUUUUCACUCACUUAAUUUGCUUUUAUAAUUUGCUCAUUUGGUCAUUAAAAAUGAUACUAGUGAAACCUGAAAAAUGCUUUUAAUAUAAAUUUAAAAAGCCAGGUACCAAAAAGUCUGUGCACUGAUAUAUUUGUGGUAAAGUAUUUAUGCAUAUGGUCAAGGACUAAGAAAGAACAAGGAUAAAUAAACUAUAUUUCUGUGA